UCUGUUAUAUGUUCGUUACCCUAUUUAUAAAAGGCCGCGUAUCAAUGAAUAACUAACAUAUUUUUAUAGAUUGUUUGUGGUAAAGAUUCGUUCUCUGAGGAAACGCCUAACGGCAGUAUCGGACGUGAAGGACUGACACGAAGCAUUGACUUUGAUUCAUAAAUUGUAUUUAGAUUGCCUAAAAUUUUGCACGUGCGCGCAUUCGCAUUAUUCAAAACCAUCCGACUAUCUCCCUAUUUGUCUAUCGCCUACAAUAUCUGUGCCCCCUGGCGGACCGCCUUCAAAACACCCGGGCACAUUACAUAGUCAAGUUUGCGUCGCCGUUGUCUCUUGCAGCCGUUCGUUGACCUUGGCAACUAGUAGGGUAUUCGACAGCGGGAUCCCCACUCUGCAUUUGUUUGCCAUUUUGUUUGUCCGUUUUUGAUGUUGAUAUCUCGCCUUUUAUAUGUUAGUAGGUUGGUUAUCUUUCUUUCGUCGCCUCGUCUCUCACAGUCGUCACUGUACUUUGGCCAUUAACAGUGGUGGCGCUAGUAUCGGCCCUGUCGCUGCCGCCAUUAGUGCGCACCAGCGCUCGAGCACUGCUGAGUCGAUCAACGAACAGGUCGGAGCCGUGCUCAUGUUUAGCGAGCGACGGCGGGCAAGAUCGUCUGCUUGUUCCCCGCUAUUCAGACACAUUUUUUCUUCAUCUUCACUGCUUUCAUAAGAGUCGCUAGUUGUUGGUCAGGGCGAAUGGUGUGUGGUGUGUCGGUGUCUGCGCGCCGUCCGUCAGACCGUGUCCCUGUUGGGUGCGCACGACCCAAAUCAUCGGUGUUGUCUGCAUUAGCAGCACAGACAACAGCAGCAGCAGCAUUGCUGUGGCCUGCCUCUGGGCUACGGCCGUCGAACGAGCUCAGUAGCAGUGGCAGCGCCAGUAAGCUGUCGGUCGUCGUGUUGUGUGAGUGAACGAGGUGUGAACAUCGUUCACCACCGUUUGCUUCGAGAUCAUGCCCCUGGCCCCCCCGGAUAACAUCCGCGCCGUUGCGGCCCGGCCAGUAACGCUUCGUCCUUAGAUCCCCGGCCACGCUUUUGGAGCUAAUCCAGCCAAAUUAACUAUUACCAUAAGCCAUUAUCUAUCGCCCACCACCUUCAUCAUCAUCACUUAGCUGGCUGGCUGGCUAGCUAGCUGGCUGGCUGGCUGGCUGGCUGGCUAGCACAUCACCGUCAGCAGCUGGUCGAACUGGCAGCGGCGACGGUGUACGCAGGAAGCAGCAGUAACAACGAGUACAGUCGAACCCACUGCUCCAAGACUUCCGUUCAAGGAAGAUGGUGAGCGGUGAGUGGCUGUAUGCGGGCCGUUCGGGCGGAGGCCAUCAUUAGCCUCUUAGCACCAUCUGCAUUGUGGCAAUCUCCUCCACUAACGGACGGAGCCGGUAAGCCCGACAUCAUGGACAACCGCUAAGCACUAAACGGCUUCGGCCACCCCAACCACCAGCGGCCCUCCCUACAGCUCCCUCUCUCUCAACGAUUACAAUUAGAGAUAACUAUUUUAACAACAACAAUAACAACCAACGACAAUAACAGCAACAACAACAAUAACAACAACAACAACAACGACGACGACGACGACAAAAAUAGCAACAGCAGCUGCAACAGCAACAACAAGAUAGCGACAAGACGAAGUUCAGUUAAGAACAACAUUGACGAAGAUACGACAUCAGUAUCAGCAAAGCAAAACUCAGACUUAAGAAGAGCUGCAACGACGAUCGAGCAUUCAACAGCAGCGAAGAGAACAAUGUUAUACAACAUCCACAUCAUCGAAGUUAAUUUGUGACAUCAAUCAAUCAGUUGAAUUAACUAUCGGAAGAUCAGCCUUUACUUAUGUCUUCAACUGGCAAGCGUUCAACUUUGAAUCGAGCGUUGAACCAUCAUAACUAAGCGUGCGCGUGCAAUUUGUAACUUCGCCACCGUAUCAUUUUCAGAACUGCUGUUGCUAAUGUCUUGAACAAACGAGAACAACGAGCGACUUCAGCCUCUCACAGGAUGAAACAGGGCAUCUCACUUUUCAAACUUGCAAAUCAUUCAUUUGAACGUGAUUUUUGUCAUCCGGACAUCCAAUGAAAAGCCGCAUGUUCUCGUGACUUUAUCAUUAGCUCGAAGAUUAGUUUAGCGUGCAGAACAAUUUAGUGUGCAACUAUCCUCUUUCGGUGGCUGCGUUGUUCGUAUUUAAGAGUGAAGCGUCCAAAACAAUCUGAGCCAAGUGAAAUCAGGCCAGAUUCAAAGGGCUGUCCCUACGAUUGGCUUUGAAGUAGCUCGCUAGAAGCAGAAGCUGGAAAAAGGCGAACAAUAAAAAACGUGGGUCGACACAGAGUACGUCAAUUGCCCCGCUGUUUAGAUGAAGUACCAUCAGUUGGCUUCUGUGUCUACUCCGGCCGCUGUCUCGACGUGGUUUCAGGACGAGCUGGUCAACCGGGGCGUAGACGCAGCCUAUACUUACUACGUUUUAUCGCUGUUGAAGGAACCCGACGGCGACGACCAAUACUAUUACUGUCCUUCAACGAACGCAAACAAGACUCCAUAUAAUCCGCAGGCAACGAAACCCGAGCGGCGUAGACUGCUAGCUAAGCGGUGCGCCAUCGAGUGCCUCAAAAGUGCGGCAGACUCAAACGAGGAGUUUGACGCCCUGGUGGAAGAAUUACUUGCGCGUCUCGAGCCCACUGAGGACGCUGAAGCGGACCAAAACGAUAACCAACGAACACCAACAAAGAAGACCCCGCUAACAGGCGAUAACCGAAGACAUUCGGUGGCUAGAGAUCGGCUGGACGUAGACAAGGAGCCCCGUACGUUGGCGGAACUUGCCAAGAAAUAUUUUGACGCAUUUCCUGCCCUGCAGGUGGACGAACGACCUUUAGUGAGUAAGACAAACGGCACCGAUAGCAUCUCAAAGGAACAGGAUCUACUGAGAGAAGAGCAGCAGCACCAGCAGCAGGGUGUUUUUAAAGAACAGCGUAAGCGAAAGAAGAAUAAACGCAAGAGUUUCUCACCAGCCCUAGGCCUCGCGGACGAUUUCAAAGGAUUAUUUAAGAUUGAUCGUACUAAAAACAAAGGCUGGGGACAAUCGCCGGGACAUCUUAAAGCGAAACCUGAUUCAAUAUCAACGGGAGCUACAGAUAAAAUAACUACUUUUAGAAGUACAGCCAACAUUCACGAAACCGAUAUGGGGUCAAUCGUACGAGAGGACGCACUGCUUUCGCGUCUCACCCAAAAAUUCGAUUCGAAGCUUGCAGCCAUCUGGGCUGAUGCGCCGACUGUUGAUCACCAAUCAUCCCUAUGGAAGAUAUCAUUGGACCUUGGAGGGAAACCCGGUGGACGCACAGGGGCCGAUCGAGCCUGUGACGAGGUUAUUUUUAGCAUCCCAAACUUGUCAAUCUUCAGUAAAAUCCUCGAGGACGAUGAUGAUUCAACGAAUAACGUUGUAAAGAGCCAGUAUAAUUGUAGUACGGGUACCGGCAUCAUCGGGUCGGAUUUCAUCUCGGAACAGAUUUUCGAAUCACACCCGCCUCCAACUAUUUGUUUAAAGAAUUCGGCACUCAACUACGACAAAGACAAGACAGCUUUUACUGAGGUGAUCCCAACACGCAAGUUUAGCGCAGCUAACCGAAUCUUGAUGGGCGUCGAGAGAAGUGUACACGAUAGUCAACAUACGCAGUAUCAUUCCAUCGGCGGAAACCCUUUGGGACCAGGCGUCGCUGGGGGCACAUCAGCAGUUGUGUCCGCAGCUAGUAGCGAUCCUGCCAUCGACAGCAAUAGCAGCCCAUCUACCAUCGACGACGCUGAAGAUUUGCUCGUGUCCCCGCGGACUCACUUCACACCGAUCCGUGUGGAACCCGAGCAGGCGAACCUCGACGACGAAAACAGACCGCCCUCUUCAUCUCUAGCAGAGCUCGCUUCGUACCACUUGCUGCCGGAACCGCCCCGACGUCACCAGCACCAACAACAGCUGCAUCAUGCCGCCACCUCAGCUGCCAGCCACACGGCGCCUGCUGUCACCGCUUCCAAGGUCUCUACGUCUUUGAAAAACAUCGCUAACAGCAGCAAUACUAACGGCAGCGUUUGUGCUGCUGCUGCUGGCGGCACCACCAAGCAACAGCGCUCUCUGCUUAAACAACAACAAAAAUUAAUUCUACAGCAACAGGAGCUGCACAAACAGCACCAGCUGCAAGCUACAGCACAAACCAACCUAACUAAAGUGACCUCAAAUCAAAAACAGGUGCAAAAGCUGCAGCAGCAAUACCAGCAGCAGCAGCAGCAGCGGAGGCAGCAGCAACAGCAGCAGCAACAGCAACAGCAGCAACAGCAACAGCAGCAACAGCAGCAACAGCAACAGCAACAGCAACAGCAACAGCAGCAGCAGCAGCAACAGCAGCAGCAGCAGCAGCAGCAGCAACAGCAACAGCAGCAGCAACAGCAACAGCAGCAGCAGGUUCUGCUUCAAAUUGGCUCUUCUGCUAGUAGAGCUUCCGUUGCUAUCACCGGAACUGCAGCGGCUUCAGCAACGAGCAUGGUCACUCCGUCUGCGGCAGGAAUUUCGACGGCCUGUGCCAGUCAUAAUGAUAACAGCAACAGCAGCAAUUAUUCUAGCAAUAACAAUGAGCAGCGGCAACUGGCGCAACAGCAGCGGAUGAAGGAUAUAAAUAAACAGCAAAAGAGUCGAUCUAUAUCAACAACAACAACAACGGCGGUGACCGCCGCCGCCGACACCACAUUGGUAACCCGUCCCGCGAACGCUGCUGCUAAUAGCACCAUUCGCAGCACCACAGCUACGAGCAUCACUCAAGACGAACCCGACAGGGGGUCCCCACAUGGCGUUGUAAAAUGUGGGACCGCUUUGGAUGACGUGGAAGUUCAGGCCCUGUGGAAGAUGGUAAACUUUACGCUGCCACAGGCCCCCGCUGUGAAUAGCGACGCAGACAUCUUGGGGGUAGCACACUGUUGGCAGACUGCUGGGCCCGCGGUAACUUCUAGCGCCGCAUCCAAGGAACUACGAAAUGAGAUCCAUGACGAACAGGAGGAGUUAUUCCUUGACAUUAUGCUUGAGGCACGAACCUUGCAGGCACUACAAGCAAGCCAAGACGCUCAACAACAGCGUAUCGCAAGAAUUCAUGCACAACGAGUACAGCAACGCCGAGAACAGAAUCAGGAUGACAGCGACAAAACGUCUGCUUGCUGCAACCGUGAAGAUCGUAAUAUAACAGGAGCAUCGACAACAGCUUCUACAGCAAGCGGCUACGAGUCAUCGUCGUACCAUGAUGCUUCUUUGGAGUACGGAUCACUGCCGGGCUGCGAGGAGGACAGGGGGGUGGCGGACUUGAGCUGUUCGUUGGGCUACUCGGAAGAUUCAUGCGGGGUGCCCAUCGAGUAUCUGUCGCACUUCUCAUCGAGUGUAUCUACGAUCACUCCUGUGGCGUCGUGCCUAUUCGCUUCUCCCGAAACGUACGAUUCGGCUAUCAUAAACAGCGUACGAUGCAUACAGGACUUGCAGCGUCGACGGCAGCGAGCGCAGCGUAAGCCGUGCACGUUCUACAUGGAGGGCAACUGCCGUCGCACCGACUGCAAGUUCAGCCACGAACUUGCGGCCAUUACGUGCCGCUUCUGGGAGGAAGACAGUUGCUUCAAAGGUCUUGCAUGUCCCUUCCUGCAUGGUUAUCCGCCAUUCGAGGAGGAGCUCUGUAGCCAAUCCGUCGGCCAGAGCCUGGCAGCAGGCAAUGUCGGGCCUAAUACCGGUAAUACACACGGAAGCCACCAUCAGCAUGGAAAUCAUCACCAUCAUCACCACCAUCACGGAAACGGCCACCCCAAGAAGGAUACAAUUGGGCAUGUGGCCAAACGAAACAGCAAGUUUACCAUAGGGGGUGGGGGGUUAGAUGGUGUGUUUUGUGGUAGUUCCUCGCAGCCAGGCUCACCCAGUGUCGCCACCCAGUUGAAAAACAGAAGCCUUAUUCCACCAUUGUCGGUCGCAGGGGUCGUCGGCUUACGAGUAUUCUCGAGACGCCUGCCUGUAUUCAAACGGUUUUGGCCCUACUUCAAAGAAUCCGAACAAGACUUCCCGUCGCUGACUAACCAAAAGUCCAACGGUUAUCUAAGGGCCGUCGCUAAGAAGAACUUGAAGAAGGCGAACGGCAUUGUUCCGAAAAAGGCCAAAAAGAAGAAAAAGAAGCUGAGUUCCACCUCGAGCUGCGGAGAAUCGAAAGCGGACCCAAAGAGUCGAAAGACAGCAAUAACAAUGGCGGCCAAUCGGAAAACAAUAAGGGCAAUAAGAAAACUGAUAUACCACCUAACGCCAUAAACUCUGUAACAAUAACACUCGCUGCUGCUACAUUGUCAUCGAACGGGAACAACAUCGUCAUACCGUAAAUUCGAUUUGAACUUCGCUCGGUAGCAUCGAAAUCAAGAUCAGUUAAGCUGAAAGAUACACCGACUUUAGGUAGUGCAAUUGUAUCCAGACGCAAAUGUGUCGUUGGCCGUCACGAACCGAUGAUGAAACAAAUAAAACCUGUAGAGAAACAGAUAACAUUGAAAAACGUAGAAGAAAACGAGCGACAUAAGAAAUCCUAUCAAAUUAUCAUAGAUAGUGUCAACAAUUGUGCAUUCAUACGAUGUCGUUGAGAAGUCGGGGGCUAAAGUUAGUCGAUCGGCAAAUCAAUCUGUUUCGGACAGCGAUCAUGGUCAUCGAAGUUGACUGAGCUUAACACAACUGCGGGUUAAGCUCUUAAAGUUAAGCUAGAGUGUAGCGCGAUCGAUGAAAUUAAGUCUGAUAAAUCUAACACAUUAUGAGAGCCACGUCUCAAAAAGGCGUGUAGCGUAGUAAUGAUGAAAGAGUGAUAAAGAGAUAGGCACAGACUGUGAGGGAUUUGAACAGAUUCCUCGGCCAGCUGAACACGUCCUUGUCCCACAUGGACUCCGAUAAACGCAGAUAGGACGAGUCGUCGUUGAUCAAACUCUCUUCGCUAACGUUAAGGCUAACAGUUCGAACAAGCUAACAUCAACAAAGAACAUGAACAUUAUACGAAACAUCAGAAAACUAAAACAGCCAGAAAUAGAAAUAAUAGAGGGAGAGAGAAUACGGGAGAACGGCCUGCUCCGUGGUCGCCGAGAUGAGUUGAUUGCCUAAGAGGGCCCAACAGAGGCCAGACUCGAGGGCCUCGCUCUAAGCUUGACGGGGGGCCUAAUGGCUGAUGAAUAGAAGAAGUCGUUAUCAGCACAACAUGAUUAUGCGAACGAAAGUAAAACUAAUGAAAAACUGUACAGACACAAGUAAGUGAAGGAAGGAAAUAAUAAUAAUAAUGAUAAUAAUGAUAAUUAUAAUCAUAAUAAUAAUAUUAAUAAGUAACAAGAAUUUAAAAUAAUUUUCACACAUGAAGGAAGAGGAGAAUAUGGAACAAACUAAUGACGAUGCUGAAGACGGAUGAUAAUGAUGACAGGACGAAUGAAAAUGGGAAAAACAAAUUACUAUGUACUAAAUAUUUCCCCCAUCAGCUGUGUUGCACAUAUCACCCGCUAAGAACAGGUUGUCGGCGCCAUGGCUAUAGAGCACCCAGCAAAAAGCUGACUUAGGCUCCUACGAGAGGAUAUUCGUAAACCUAAUCAGGGCGAACAUUCAAUGAAAAGUAAAAAGAAAUUGAACUCAAAAAUAAAAAGCAGACCUUGUGAAUCGUUUACAGGAGGAAGUUAAUUGGCGCAAACGGACUUCUUGAUGGUUACUGAGUUGCGGCAUGACAGACCGCAUCUGAGGGGGGUGAGCAUGGAAGAUUUCAGCAAAACCAGAAAGAUAUGGAAGAGAAACCACGUUAAUUUGGGCGCGUUGUGAUGCGCACGACCGCCACUAAUAAUGACCUCUCACGCGAGUUCAACAGCUAUCUAGUACUACCCCCAAAAGCUAGAGUAGGACGGCCCUAGCUGAAUUUUCUUGGUUUGGUCUUAGAAAGAGAAUAGAUUUUUGAUUUUUACUGCUGACAAUAAUAAUAACAACCAUCCUCAAACUACGUAAGAAAUAACGGUGUUAAGAAUACUUAAAACAAAUAUGCUAUUAGUUAUAAGGUAAAAAUUUGCUCGUAUUUUGCGGCUGUCAUAUUAUUAGCAGUUAUCAGACAUUAUAUUAUUAUUAUAUUCGGUAUUCGGUUCUUAUUUAGCGAACGGAUUAGCGUGUCUGAAAUCUCCCCAUUAAUUUAUAUAUGACUCAACCUGUGCUUCUUUACGAGUAUUGGCGACGAUGAAAGAAUAUUUGGGAUACGAAGCAGGCAUGGAUACUUACGCCCUCAGCCCCUUUUCAAUGUACUGUACAAUGCAGCAGCGAACAUGCUGCAACCAAAUCUGCUAAUACGCGAAUUACACGCAAAGACUGUCUGAACGAUGGCUCUCCGUAAAUGUGGAUAGUACGCAUAUAGACGCCCUAACAGCCGCCUUGUAGGUGAGCUACACACGUAUUUCGCUAUGAACCGAUAGCUACAGACGAAGUAGCAGUAAUGAAUCUCUAUGGUACAGCUAAACGGAUCAAUGGCAAACUGUUUUUCUCUAGUUACUUCGUUAUCAGAUAGGCAAGAACGGAACGCGGGAAAAAUGGAGCUUGUUUCUCGCUGUUUGUUAGACAUUUUAAAUGGAUCGUCAAGUUCGCGUCUAUGACGAAAAACAUCCGAAGGGAGAAAGUGAAAAAGAUGGAAAAAAGGGCCGGCUGUCGUCGACGCUGUACAAUAAUCGGCGGCUUUGUUGAUCCUGUUUGGGCUUAUCUAAUGUCUAGCAUCUGUCCGCAGCGAACCGAGUUUCACGGUGACGUCCCCUCGGCCCGCGUUGCUGUUUGUAUAGCACUUCUGUGAGGAGUUGACCCACCCACUCCCCCCCCCCUCCUCCCCCGUGCUUAUUUCAUUUCUCUCUUCUCUUUACAUGCAAGUUAAGUGUGUAAGCUAAGUUAUUCUCUUCAAUAGUAAUGAUAUAAGCUAUUAUUACAGUACGCAUAUUAUGAAACAUCACAUAAAAUAAUGAUGGUGUCAACGAAGAUAAUAACGAUGCGUAAUGAUAUUACUGUUAUCACCGUCAAAUGUAGGGUAUUUUUUAUAGCCUUAUUUAUAACUACUGCAAUUAGAAAUAAUGUUAGUAGUAAAAGAAUCGUUGAGACUGACCAUCAUUCCCCGUUUCCCCAUCUAACGGCGCAACACACAGUAAAAAUAAUAGGUGUCAUUAUGAUCAUAUAGAAAACCGUUUAUGGAACGAGAAAUAUUGCAUUCUGUUUUAGAAAAUAAAUAGCGAUUAACAGUAAAUAGAAAUAUAUUUGGCGUGGGAAAAAUGUGCGUCUGCAUUGUGGCCAAUAGUGAUUUCAGCACAGAAUGGCUGUUGUGUAGCGGACAGCACAAACUGACAUGAAGACGAAUUGUAGAUUGGCGGAUCUAAGAAAAACCCUAAAUGCAAUUAUUGAGAGAAAAUAUCUUGGGGUACCGAACGAAUUAACUUCACAUAAUUUACGAGGAAUCGUGAUCUAGACGUUGAUGGUUACUUUGAAUGAUUGUGCAGCAGUCUUCGAAACAUAUUAGCACAUUUGAAAUAGACAUAAGAAAUUAGUA